AUGGCCCGAAUUAUUGUUCUCAUUGUUGCCUUCAUGGCUCUUAUCGCCGGCGUUUUUGCCACUGAGGAGAAGCUGGCCAAGCUCCAGAUCGGCAUUCUCAAGAAGAUUUCUCCCGAGGAGUGCACCCAGAAGGCCAGAAAGGGCGACACCGUGUCUGUGCACUACACCGGCAAGCUUGAGGACGGCACCGUGUUCGACUCCUCCGUCGAGCGAGGCCAGCCCAUCCAGUUCCCCCUUGGCACUGGACGAGUCAUCCCCGGCUGGGACCAGGGUAUUCUCGGCAUGUGCGUUGGCGAGAAGCGAAAGCUCACCAUCCCCCCUCAUCUUGCCUACGGCAAGCAGGGCGCUGGCCGAGUCAUUCCUCCGGACUCCACCCUCAUUUUCACCACCGAGCUCGUUUCUAUCGACAACGACGGUGACCGAGAUGAGCUCUAA